UUCCAAUUAAAGCGGAAAAAACAGAAGAAGAAAAUAAAAUUAAUAAAUAAAUAAAGAAAAAGGUUCAUCAAUCAUCAGUGUUCAGUCCAAGAACAGUUCAAACAUCGGAAUCGAGCUGCCACAGAUUGCUCAAAAGAAUUACAAAACCUCAAUGCUCAAAGAAUUUAGAUAAAACAGGAGAGAGGAAAUCAGCCAGAGUGAUUGGGAAAUGGUCAGCAUUCCGUUGCUGCUGAUGGGCUGCGGCGGCGUCGGCCGCCAGCUCCUCCACCACGUCAUCUCUUGCCGCCCCCUCCAUUCCCGACAGGGGUUGAGGUUAAGGGUGGUGGGAGUGUGUGAUAGUAAAUCUAUGGUGGCGAUACCGGAUGUUUUGACCUCCGAAUUCCGUGAUGAUUUUUUGCUGCAACUUUGCGAGAUUAAGUCCAACGGCUCUUCUUUUCUCGAUCUUACUAAAACUGGUGAAUGUCAAGUGUAUUCCGGUGAAGAAAUUGGGAGGAAAGUGAUUGAUGUUGCUGCUUCUCUACGUAAUUCAUGUGGUCUGGCACUAAUUGACUGCUCAGCCAGCUCUGAAACUAUUGGGCUGCUGAGUCAAGUGGUGAACUUGGAUGGCUGUGUGGUCUUGGCGAACAAGAAACCACUUACUUCUUCACUGGAAUCUUAUGACAAGUUGGUUUCACAUCCUCGACGGAUUAGACAUGAGUCAACUGUUGGUGCUGGUCUUCCUGUCAUAUCAACUAUUAAUCGUAUGAUUUCAUCAGGAGAUCCUAUUAUUCGUAUCAUUGGAAGUUUGAGUGGUACCCUGGGCUAUGUGAUGAGUGAGGUUGAAGGCGGAAGACCUUUUAGCCAAGUAGUCACUGCUGCAAAAAAGCUUGGAUUCACUGAACCUGAUCCUCGGGAUGAUCUCAGCGGGAUGGAUGUAGCUAGAAAGGCACUGAUCCUUGCACGACUUCUUGGACAUCGUAUUGAGUUGGACAGUAUCAAGGUUGAAAGCUUGUAUCCAGAAAAAAUGGGACCCGCUAAAAUGCCCCUAGAUGAAUUUUUAGCAGAAGGCCUCCCCUUGCUUGAUGAAGAUAUCCAAAAACGCAUAGAAAAUGCUUCUUCGAAUGGAAAUGUUCUGCGCUAUGUUUGUCUCAUCGAAGAGUCGAGGUGUGAAGUUGGCUUACAAGAAGUUGCAAAAGAUUCAGCCUUGGGUAGAUUGAAGGGUAGCGAUAAUGUGAUGGAGAUAUACAGCCGCUGCUAUAGUAAACAACCACUGGUUAUUCAAGGUGCUGGAGCAGGCAACGAUACUACUGCUGCAGGCGUCCUUGCUGAUAUCCUCGACAUACAGGACCUGUUUCGACACUCACCUUCUGUGGCUUGAUCACUGGCCAAGACAUAACCACGGUGUUGAUUUUCUUGGAGAAUCUGGUGGAAAUUCGAUUUCUUUUUUUCUUUUCUGGAGAGACAGGCCUCUUAUGAUGCAGCUAAAUAAUGGGUGUAAUGCCUACGAUUUGAUGUACUUGUAUAUUUAAGCUGCAAUUUCCCCCCAUUUAGUUUUUAAUUCAAUAGACAUAGUUUACUUUGGUGGAUUAGGGCAUAUAAGGAUGGAUUGCUAGAAAUUGUCCAAUUUUGUGCUUUCUUACUUUUAAACAGGUGGAAUGGCUCAAGAUGAUCGAUAGUUUUGGUUUUGAGCAAUUAAAUCAGUAUAUUUUUCCUC